GGACACCUUGAAGGACACAUUUGCCGCUCUGGAGUGUGCCUUUUGGAUUGCAACACAUUGCGGGCACCGGAAGCAACAACAGCAGCAGCAGCAGCAGCAGCAGCAGCAAGAAGGACAGCAACGGCCAGUGCUAGGGCACCACGAGACGGGCUUCUCCUCGACCGGGCCGGAUUGGGUUGGUUCGCACGGUGCUGCGCUGCGCUACACUACCCUGCGCUGCACCACACCACGAUGCAACGAAUCGUUUCGGGAGAGGACAUUCGCGAUCGAAGGGAAGACCGGGACGUUUGUCCUCCCCCGCCCCGCGACGAAAAGGCGAUGGUGCUUUCCGGCAACGAAAGAGACACCGGCAAGGCCUGCGAGAGCGGGGGCAUCCACCGGACCGCGGUGGCCCUUGGCAACGCCGCAACCCUCGUGGAACACGACGGGGAGUGCGGGGUCCGUGGCAGCGGCAACGAUAUUGACGAGGACAUUGAAGAGGACAUCGACGAAGACAUCGACGAAGAAGACAUCGAAGAGGACAUGGACGAGUACGCCAUGGCGGUAAACGAGGAAGCCGCUGCCCCCGAAGCGGACGGACUGGCACCGCAGCCGUCCGGCACCGGCGAGAGCACCUGCGACGCCGACGGCAACACCAGCAGCGGGAUGAGCAGCCAGAUCAGCAGCCAGACGAACAUCCACGGCAACAGCCACACCGGCACCGCCGAUGCCGAUGAUGAUGCCGAGGCAAGUGGGCCUUCCCGCCUGCCGGCCCACCCGCUGGCGGCCCAGCGGAUGCAGGCGCCGGUCUCGAUCAUCAGCGGGCUGUCGACGGUGGGUCUCCGCCCCAUGUCCCGGACCAACUCGAGGAACUCGGGGACCCUGUCCUCGGUGGGGUCGGGCCUGCAGCGGGACUGGGGCUGGUUCGACGACGGGAUCCACAGCGACCAGAGCGCGGGAAAGGCCCGGGGGGCCGGGCCGGAGGCGGGGGGCCGGAGGGGCCGAGAAGAAACGAGCGGAAGAAGCGCAGAAGGAGCCGGAGCGGGAGCGGAACCGAGGGAGGGAAGGGGGGGGACCGCCCCCGGGAGGCCCAGGAGGGCCACCGAGCGCGGGGGACACGGGUCCUGGCGGGAGCCCAGGGCCGGGCCCUCCCAGGCACCUUGCCGCUCCAAGACCGACCGGGUCCCGAAGCGGAACGUCGUCUCCCUCCUCCCCCGGGGCGACGAGAUGUUCGUGGACGACUCGCAGGAGUACCUCGAGCCGAUCCUGGUGCACGAGCGGCCGAGGGACAUGGAAAACGGUAAGGAGGGUUCGCGUGGGGUUCGCGUGGUUUGGCCGAACUUGUGUGUGGAGGGAACCCGGGUGGUGGAAGUGGUGUUGGAAUGGGUGUUGUGUCGCUCUUUGUUUUGCUGUUGGCUCUUGCUUGCCCGCGUCUUGCUCACACGCGAUUGGUUUCUUUUGUGGUUUGUUUGUUACGUCUGUGUUUGUUUCCUGUUGUCUCUUUUCGAUGCUUCCUGCCGACUCGGUUGUUUCUCGCAGAAGCGGCGGUGCAGGCCGUGACCGCUCCGAACUACGUCCUGGAAGAAUCCCUGUCGGACCAGCUGCUGUGGAAAAAGACCGCCGGCAACCGGCCCCCACAGCCCGUCGAGGAACGGGCCUUUUUCGAGGCGGUCUGGGCCGAAAACUUUGCCAAUUCCGAGGUCGACUACGAGCUCCCCAAGGAGGUCCUGACGGCCACGACGCCUUUCUCGCUCAGCCCCUUUUCGGAGAGCGAGUUCGGGACCGCCGGAUCGGGGGUCAUCGGGGCCGGCGUCACGGCCAAGCAGGACGUGGCAGACAUCGUCUCGUCCUUUGUGGUCCCGGGGGGGACGGCCGGGACCCACGGGAACGGACAGCCCGGGCUCCUGGCCGGGCACCAUCCCCACCACCCCUCCAACAACAAGCCCCGGAUCGUCAGGAGCAGCAGCGGGAGCGGGGGGAGCCUCACCGUCUACGCCAAGGGGGACAACGUCUUUGGGACCACCGUCAGCAAGAGCUUUGCCCGACCGAGCGCCAACGGGGCACUCGUCUCGGGCGUGGACACGGUCAACAUAUCGGUGGCGAGCUACCGGGUGGUAGAGGUGAGUGCAUGGUGUCUGCGGGCGUGCAUUGUGUGUGUGCAUUGUGUGUGUGCAUUGUGUGUGAACUGUGUUCCAGAAGCAUUGAUGUCUUCUGCUUCUCGUGCGUGGCGAUGGAAUGCAACGCAGUGCAAUGCCGUCCUCACGCUUCUCUCUUGCCUCUUGCGACGCGACKAAACGCAACGCGACAGUCCGAGAAACGGGGAAAGCACGCGCAGUUCCUCGUGAUCUACCGGGAGGGCAGCAUCCGCGACACGAUCGGCGUCUGGAAACGCUAUUCCGACUUUCAGGAACUCUCCAAGAAGGUCACCAAGGUCCAGGAAAGCUGCGUUUCCGUCAUUGCCAACAUGAGCCCGCUCGCGGUUACCGAGGAACACGACGUCGAGCACCUCCCCAACGCCAUUACCAGCUGGCACCUCCUCAAGAAACGAAAGCGCUGGUACCGGUGCCUCGACUCGGGGUACCUCUCCCUCAAGACCUUUUUGCUCGAGCGGUUCCUGCACGACAUUCUCUUUGAGAGCUCCACCCCGGACCUCCUCCGGGACUUUGUGGGGGUCCCGCCCCCCCGGUAGGGACCGCAAACAAAGGACCCAACAAGGACCGGAGCAGCGAACGAGCAAACCGUUCGUCUGCUUGCUCGAGAUGACUACGCACUAUGCAUACUAAUAUAUCAUACGUUUUCGA